AUGCUCCUCUUCUCGGUUUUUGUUCUGAAACUUCACAUCAAUGGUCUCACCGCCUCCAAUUAUACCUUGAAGCCGGAUGUACUGCUCUUUCCGCCAGCUCCAUUCUUCUCCUUCAAGUACAUUGAUCGUAUCUCUACAAUUAAUGAUAUUUCUAAAGGAAUUGAUCUUCAAGCUCAUUUAAUGAAUGGAGAGGUUUCAAUUAGCAAACUUAUUUGUGAGCUUCUGCCGUCUUCCGAUGGAGAUGUAGCAUUUCAUCAAAUAUGCAAAUUUCUUCCAAAAUGCCACAUCAACUGCAUCAACACCGUUUGAGCCAUUGGACUUUAGAAGCAUAAGUUAGAAACGAACUAAUUGGUUUUAAUCUUAUUAUUACUCUGAUUGAUUGUCUGAAAAUGAACAAUUUUUAUU